AACUUAACGCAAACCACACAACCUUCUCUCCGCUCCCCUCCGCACAACACACAUGCUCCUCCUCACCCUCGCCCCGCCGCCGUCGCCGGCCGCCGCUGGCCGGCGAAGACUCGGACGCAGCGUCCGAUGCUCGGGCGUGCACGAGCUGGAGAGGUCCCCGAGCCCCCACCCGGGCGCGUCGCUCCCGCCGCUGCGGGAGGCGAAGCGGGUGGUGCUGGUGCGGCAUGGCCAGAGCACGUGGAACGCGGAGGGCCGCAUCCAGGGGAGCUCCAACACCUCCGUGCUCACGCCCAAGGGCGAGUCCCAGGCCGAGACCUCCCGCCAAAUGCUCCUCUCCGACUCCUUCGACGCCUGCUUCACCAGCCCGCUCGCGCGCUCCCACCGCACCGCCGAGAUCAUCUGGGAAGGACGCGACGAGGACCUCACCCCGGACUCCGACCUCCGCGAGAUCGAUCUCUACUCUUUCCAGGGACUGCUGAAGCAUGAAGGGAAGGAGAGGUAUGGUGUUCAAUACCUGCAGUGGCAGAAGAAUGCGGCCAACUUCAGCAUUGACGGGCACUACCCAGUGCGGGAGCUGUGGGACCGCGCCCAGAACUGCUGGGAGAGGAUUUUGGCGCAUGAGGGCAAGUCGGUGCUUGUAGUUGCACAUAAUGCAGUGAACCAGGCGCUUGUUGCCACAUCAUUGGGACUUGGUGCGGAGUACUUUCGGAUUCUGCUCCAGAGCAAUUGUGGUGCUAGUGUUCUGGAUUUCACGCCACAGACUGGAGGAGGUCCUCCAGGUGUAUGCCUCAACCGCUUAAAUCAGACACCGUAUUCUCCUGUUGCUGGAAGUCCUGGAGGAAGAAAGACGAGCAAGAGGAUCAUUCUGGCCUGUCAAGGAGCUACACAGAAUAGUCCUGAGAUUAGUUUAGCUGGAAUGGGAUAUGCACCGCUGAACAUGCUUGGCAUAAUACAGUCCCAGAAGAUUGCAGAACUACUUCUAGAUUUGAAGGUGAACAGUAUUCUCUGUAGCCCGCAAGUUGCAGCUGUUGAUACUGCAACCGCUAUAUGUGAGGUCCAAGAGGCUGCAGAUUGCUUAGGUGCUGACUGUGUGCCUCGUUAUGUGGAAAGGAAGAGCUUGCUAGAACUGGAAAUUGACGAUGCCUUCCAAACGAAGCAAAAGAGCUUUGGGGAAAUCGUUCAAUCCGGUUGCCGCGACAGCAUGGAAUACAAAACACUAGAGCGACUGUGGGCUCAGUCCAAGGAUGCAUGGCAAGCCUUGCUAAAUGAAUUGCCAGAUGAUAGUACAUCGGAUCGAGUUCUUGUGGCUGUAGGCCAUCCUGCCAUUCACCUAGCUCUAAUCUGCCAAUGUCUCAAUUUACCAAUGGAGUACAUGUCAUCUUUUCAUCUAGACGAUGGCAGCAUCAGUGUGAUCGAUUUCCCGGAUGGACCAAAAGGAAGAGGCGUUGUCAGAUGCACAAAUUACACAGCCCAUCUAGGAAGAUGGUCAAUACCCAUUACACGACCAACAGAAAAUGAUGAAGAAUUCUAACUUCCUUGAAGGUAACCUCUUACGUGUUAUUGUAUAGCAUCCUUCAGGAAACACAUUCUUGUAAAUAACUUCAGUGAUGUAAAUGAUUUCAUGAAAGAGGCUUAUCUUCAAUCUCACAGGAUGCGAGAGUCGCUAAACACUCCUUUUUCA